AUGAAUCGAGGCAGAGUCGACUCAGGAUCCAUGAUUCCUGCCAAUAUACGGGAAAGCAUCAGCGCGAAAUUCGGGAGCCAAGUUUUGAUUUCGCUUCACCACAACGUAGAGAGAGCGGCCGGUUACUGGAAUUGCGUGGCUGAUCUGGUGAAUGGAACCAUUGAGAUGGAAGAAUUCGUGGCUCAAUCAAGAAAUUACAAUCUUCUUCAUAUCCUUCCUCUGCUUCAAGUCGCUCUGAAACCUCUACACGCUGAAACAAGCCGUGCAAUUGCGAAGGAUUUGGGUGUGGUUCCUGAGAUCGCUGAAAGGCACAAGAUAGCGACUGCGAAAGAUGAGCGUAAGCAGAUGACAAAAACGGCUCCAUCUGUUUCGUAUGGUAGCUUCUCUGGGACUACUAGCAAGAAGAUUGAUAUUCCGAACAUGAGAGUCGGAGUUAUCAUUGGUAAAGGUGGAGAAACGAUUAAGAAUCUUCAACAAGAGUCAGCAGCUAAGAUUCAGGUCACUCGAGAUAUGGACGCAGAGCCUGGUGCUCACACGAGGACUGUUGAUCUAACGGGCACACCAGCCCAGAUUGCAAAGGCCGAGCAGCUGAUCAGUGAUGUCCUUCAAGAGGCUGAGGCACGUGGUACUGUUGGUUCAGGUGGAAGAAGCUCACGCAGAAUGGGUGGAGAGCCAGGAUCUGAUCAAUUUUCUAUGAAAAUUCCUAACGAUAAGGAUGAGGCACGUGGUACUGUUGGUACAGGUGGAAGAAGCUCACGCAGGAUGGGUGGAGAGCCAGGAUCUCCUAACAAUAAGGAUGAGGCACGUGGUACUGUUGGUACAGGUGGAAGAAGCUCACGCAGGAUGGGUGGAGAGCCAGGAUCUCCUAACAAUAAGGAUGAGGCACGUGGUACUGUUGGUACAGGUGGAAGAAGCUCAUGCAGGAUGGGUGGAGAGCCAGGAUCUCCUAACAAUAAGGAUGAGGCACGUGGUACUGUUGGUACAGGUGGAAGAAGCUCACGCAGGAUGGGUGGAGAGCCAGGAUCUCCUAACAAUAAGGAUGAGGCACGUGGUACUGUUGGUACAGGUGGAAGAAGCUCACGCAGGAUGGGUGGAGAGCCAGGAUCUCCUAACAAUAAGGAUGAGGCACGUGGUACUGUUGGUACAGGUGGAAGAAGCUCACGCAGGAUGGGUGGAGAGCCAGGAUCUCCUAACAAUAAGGAUGAGGCACGUGGUACUGUUGGUACAGGUGGAAGAAGCUCACGCAGGAUGGGUGGAGAGCCAGGAUCUCCUAACAAUAAGGAUGAGGCACGUGGUACUGUUGGUACAGGUGGAAGAAGCUCACGCAGGAUGGGUGGAGAGCCAGGAUCUCCUAACAAUAAGGAUGAGGCACGUGGUACUGUUGGUACAGGUGGAAGAAGCUCACGCAGGAUGGGUGGAGAGCCAGGAUCUCCUAACAAUAAGGAUGAGGCAUGUGGUACUGUUGGUACAGGUGGAAGAAGCUCACGCAGGAUGGGUGGAGAGCCAGGAUCUCCUAACAAUAAGGAUGAGGCACGUGGUACUGUUGGUUCAGGUGGAAGAAGCUCACGCAGGAUGGGUGGAGAGCCAGGAUCUGAUCAGUUUUCUAUGAAAAUUCCUAACAAUAAGGUACUUAAUGCUCUGCCCUGGAGAUUGAGCUGUUUAAUGUUUUUCCCUUGCAUUUGCCCCCUCGGAGAAAGAUGGAAUCAGAUCCACGUGGUGCUUUCCAGAGAGGAGAGUGUUCAAGUGGAGAUGGCUCUCAAUCUCAAUCAAGAAGAAACCCUAACGUGUCAGAGAAAGAGAGCUGCAAAUCUUCAGAAGAAGAGAGAUCAUGUGCGGAUCUCUCCUGCAUCUGCAAAGGAAGCUUCUAAGCCGAUCAAGCAAGGUUUCAAGACUACAUCUGCAAAGGCUAAGGAGAAGGUUCUCACCCUCGGAGAAAGAUGGAAUCAGAUCUCCUUGUUUGUUUCUGAAGAGUCUAAAGAGACCAAGAGAGAGCCACGUUAA